GCUUUACACCAAAUCAGAUUGCUGGAUUCAAGAAAGCUCUGAGGCGUCACUGGAAGCUCCUUUAGAUUAGAACUCGCCUCCCCUGUCUUUUCCCCCUUCAGAGCCAAUUAAAGCUCGCUGGGGCUUUAAGAGGAAACGUGCUCCCAAGCCCUGCAUCUCACUCUGCCACUAAAAUGAGCACCAGGCUCUCCUGCCAAGAGCCCCACUUCGGAGGGGGCCCGCGCCAGGGUCGCCCCUGUUCCGACUCAGCCUCAGCAGCCAGUGUUGAUGUUUCCAAGGAGACUUGGGUUUCGUUCUGGGCUCCUGGUCUCCUGGACAACACCGGCGAGAGCCCCGCAGAAGGACAGGCUCCGGACCAGUUCUGUGGCUUGGAUUUUACUAUUCCAGAUGACACGUGGCAAGGAGAUCAGCUGUCCUCCCAGCUCUACAGAAACAAACAGCUUCAAGACACCUUGCUACAGAAGGAAGAGGAACUUGCCAGGUUACAUGAAGAAAAUAACAACCUCCGACAAUACCUGAAUUCUGCCGUGGUUAAGUGUUUGGAAGACAAGGCGAAGAAACUACUGCUGCACAACGGCCAGAAGAAACAUGCAAUUCUCAGAAGUGGCAAGAGGAAAUUUAAAGACGACAGUUACCUGGCCCCUCGAGAGACUCCUCACCCCUCAAAAGCCAGGAGGAACCUGCUCAGUGAUUUUACUGCCUGCGAAGAACAAGCUGCUCCACCCGUGGAUACCUGGGUACUGCAAACCCUGGGACUGAAAGAUAUCAACACCAUUGAUGAGUCUUUAUCAGCUAACUACAGUGCCCUGUCCUCUGAACUUGGAAAAAGCCCGUACUGCCAGAGCCAUGGGGAGGCAAUGGACUAUUGUAAUGAUGAGGACCCAAUAGCUGCUUAUGGCUGUGAUCAGAUGACUCUUAUAAACAGCACUGCCACUCCUGGGAAGCAGGAUUUACCCUACAUCCAGCCACUUUCUUCAGCACCAUGUGCUUCCUCGACGCUGCCCAGCGGUGCCCCUUUCCCACCUUAUGGAUCGCCUUACUUCGCCAACGACGUGUCACCGAACAAAACCGACAUGGCCUUUACAACCUCCCUGAGCCCCCACCGCAACGUCAAAACACACACCUUCCACCAGGCCCAGGUCUUCGUGCGCCGAGAGGAGGACGGAGGCUGGAAGUUCACCUGGGUCCCCAAGCAAUCCGAGUGACUCCCCCUUGCUCCCACUUC